GACUUGUUAUUUGUUCAAUUUUUAUACUCCACCCUUUUUUUGUCUUUUUUUGUCUAUACCAUGACUUUAUUUACACCACCAAUGAGUCCACCUGUAAUAACAACAAUUAAAAAACAAGACGAUUCAUUAUCAUUACCUCGAAAUAGUCAUUCCAACUACUACAACAACAACAAUAGCACACCCAAUUUAUUCACUAAUGUAUCAACUUCUUCAGGCACCAAUAAAGCUAUGAGUAUUAUGUCGACUUCCAGUUACCAAUACGCCAGUACGUUUGUUACCGAACUUGAAGACCAAGAAGAAAAUGUAUCGUCUACAGCAUCUAUUCAUUCUACACCACCAUUAACAGAGAAUUCAUAUCAGCUUUCGAAACAAGAUCUUCAGUCUGCCAUGGAUGCUCAUCGUACACUAUUAGCAGCUGCUCAAACUUAUCGAGAACAACUCAUUCAGCUUUCCAAUGCUUCUGCGAACUUUGGUAUUGCUUUGGAAUCAGUUGCUAAAAAUAAAGCUGCUAUGGAUGCAGGUCAAGGAUUACAAGCAGCAGCCGGUUUACAACUAUUAUAUUCAAAUCAUCAUCAAAUAUUGGCUGAUACAAUGCACAAGACAUUUGAAGUUCCGCUUAGCGAGAUGAUUCACGAGCAUGAAUUAACCAUCAAGGAAAGUCAAAAAAACUACAAUAUGGCACUUCAAAUGGUCAGUAAAAACAUCCGGAAAACAGAAGCAGCAAACUUGCAACAAGCUAAACGAGGACAACGUGACCUACAACAAUACAGACGUACAUUACAAGAUUUAACAAGACAAGUGGAUGAACUAGAUUAUAUUAAAACGACAUAUAAUCAACGCAUACAAGACUUGGAACAGAUUUAUCAUCAAGAGAUUCUGCAUCAAACUGGUUGGUUGGUACGAGCUCAAGCGGAUGUACAUGAAGUAUUAGCAAGUAAAGGAUUAGCUGAUCCGACUUUGGAACAACUGAUUCAACAACACCCUGAUCCCUUCCAUUCUUAUGCAACUUUGAAUAACAAGAAAGAUGAAUCUGGUCAUCUUUUUACUGUUUUACCAGCCAAUUCAUUGAUUGAUCCAUUACCAGCAACAACAAUCAAUAUUACUGAUCAACAAGAUGAUGAAAAGGGAAUACAUGAACUUGACGCUACAUUAGAUCGACGCUUGCCAAAAACACCUUUUUUAUAUAUCAGACCAUCUACUGAAAGUUUUCAUAGACAUAUUCAACAACAAAUGCCUAGCAGCUCUAUAAACCAUUGUACAACGGAACAUAGUGACGGAACAACGACAAUACAAAACAACAUUGGGAAUGAAAAGCAAUCAAAUCAAAGUGAACAGCAAUAAGAUGACGAAACAAGAAGCCUUAUGAUGAUGAUGAUGAUAUUCAAAUUUCAAUUUGACGGUCUACGAAAUGGUUUGAUGGGAAUAAAAUAAAAUAUGAUGACCCGGGGUCCCCUUUUUUAUGAUCUUAAACUAUAUAUAUUUAUAUAUUGUUUUUUUUUUUUUGAAUUGUUAGC